AUGGACCCAAUUUUGAGAUACAUGAUCGACGGCCUAGUACCGGAUGAUAAGGUCGAGGCCAGAAGACUACAGCUAAGGUCAGCUCGAUACACGAUCAUGAAUGGCAAACUGUACAGAAGGGGGCAUUGCUUUCCCAACCUAAAGUGUGUAACGCCGGAGGAAGGUCACAAAAUAAUGAAGGACAUUCACGCUGGUGUAUGUGGUAACCAUGCCGGAGCCCGAUCUCUUGCGCACAAGACCCUAAGGGCAGGAUAUUUCUGGCCAACCAUGUCGGCUCUGGCCCAAACAAUAUCCAGUUCUUGCCACAAAUGCCAAAUGUAUGCAAAUAUCCCAAGGGCACCGCCCAUCGCCCUUUCCAUCCUCCUGGCACCAUGGCCGUUCUGUCAGUGGGGUUUGGACCUGAUUGGUAAACUUCCCACAGCAGUAGGACAGUUCAAAUACGCCAUUGUUGCCGUGGACUACCAAACAAAGUGGGUUGAGGCAGAACCUCUCGUCGCCAUCACCACGGAAAAGGUCAAGAGCUUCCUAUGGAAGAACAUUUACUGCAGGUUUGGAGUCCCGGAUACCACAGUCGCGGACAAUGGUACCCAGUUUGACAAUGAUGAGUUGAGGACUUACACACAGAACCUAGGCACUAGGAUCCUCUAUGCUUCCCCGGCUAUCAGGACCACGGCAACGGAGGCUACCGGGGAGACCCCUUUCUGCAUGGCUUUUGGAUCAGAAGCAGUACUCCUUAUUGAAACACAAAUCCAGAGUCCCCGGAUCGAAUACUUCGAUGCGGGUACCAACUCACAGGGCCUACACCUCGAUGCCGAUUUACUCGAGGAACGAAGAGAUGUGGCGCACAUGCAUAACUUGGCAAACAAGCGGAGGAUAGCUCGUUACUACGAUGCCAAGGUACAGUCCCGGACAUUAAAAUUGGGGGACUGGGUCAUGAAGCAAGUCUACCCAGAGCCCCGGGGACUGGAUCCAUCCUGGACAGGCCCUUACGAGAUCAUUGAAGAGGUAGGUCCCGCAACCUUUUUCAUCCGGGACAUGAACGGGGUCAUUUCCAGGCAUCCAUGGAAUACCCAGCGCCUACGGUAUUACUAUAAGUAG